GAAGGUAAAAACAAUCAUUCAAUGCUGAGAUGACAUCUCAUGAGUCAGAGGAUACUUGGACAAAUAUGUACUUUGAGUUUGACGUUUAAAAAGCUAGUACAUUUUAUACCACAGAAAUCUCUUUAUACAACUUUAUUGAUUCAGACUGGGAAGUUUGAGGCCUUGAGUUCCAAUCUACCAGCAGCUCGCUACAGUUUUCAUUCCUCUGUUUUGAGAUCCAUGGCAGAAAAUAAAUAUAUCACGGGAUAUGCCAAACUCGGAACAUCAAGUUGCAAGAAAUGUAAGCAGAAGAUUGACAAAGGAAGUCUCCGCAUUGGAAAGGUGGUGUCCAAUCCAUUUUCUGAUGAAGGCGGUGACAUGAAGCAGUGGUUUCACCCACAAUGCAUUUUUGAGACCUUUAAAAGAGCUCGGGCGACCACGAAAAAGAUUGAAGAACCAGAUGAUUUGGAAGGAUUCACAGAAAUUGAGCAAUCUGAUAAAGAUCUCAUCAACAAAUUAAUUAAAGAAUUUGUUGCCAACUCCAACAGCAAGUCUCCAGGGUCAGCUAAGAAAAAACCAGUUGCCACUGUACAAGCAACUCUCCCUUUCUCUCCCACAAAACCAAAAGUAAAAGUAGAGCCAGAUGACGAAG